AUGGCGCCGUAUUUAUCAAAACAGCAGAAAAUAGGACUUGCCUUAGCCGUGGUGGGAACAAUGGAUAUUAAAAAGAAAAAGAAAAAAUGCUGGGUUAAAGAAUACUUGACAUUGAGUAAAAAACUGUCCAAUAUGAAUAUAGUGCAUAUUUUGGAACCUGGCGACUUUAGAAAUUUUUUAAGACUUGAUUCUAACCAAUUUGAUUAUUUGUUAAACUUGGUAUCCAAACAUAUUGAAAAAGAAGUCACGAUAUUUCGAGAAAGUGUGAGUGCCAAAGAACGUUUGAUGGUGACAUUACGUUUUCUAACCACCGGAAAUUCAUAUCAAGAUUUAAAGUACUGCUCUCUGAUAUCAGAACCGCUUAUAUCAAAACUUAUUCCAGAAAUAUGCUGGGCAAUAUACAAAUGUUUGAAAAAUUACAUACAGGUACCACAAUCAGAAGAAGAGUGUAGUAUAGCAGCUCAAUUUGAAUCUAAGUGGAAUUUCAACAAUUGUGUUGGGGCAUGUGAUGGAAAACACAUUGCCAUUCAAAAACCACCUGGAAGUGGUUCAUUAUACUACAAUUAUAAAGGAUUUUUCAGUGUAAGUAUUUUUUGCUAUCGUUAA